ACUCGGGCGAGUUGGACAGGCAGCAUGGCCACCGAUUUUACCCAAGAGUCGCUAUUAGGAUUUUUACGCUGUAAUGGGGGAAGAGUGAAAAAUGCGGAAUUGUUGGGACAUUUCAAAUACUUUUUGAAGGAGGAUGAGAACCGUGUACAAAACAGGGAACGAUUUAAAACGUUUGUGAAUGCCGUGGCAGUGGUGAAGCAUGAGGAUGGAGUAUCCUACAUCGUGUUGAGGAAGAAAUUCAAAGUGCCAGGUGGAGACAUUGGCAGCGUUCACAUACCAAAACGCCAAGAAGAGAAACUUGAGAGUUCGAGGUCGAGGCACCGGGACCGUUCACCGAGAUGGGCAACCAGCCGAAGCCGGGAGAGAAGGGUGCCUGGUGAGACGAGCUCCAACCUAAAAACAAACAAGGCAGCGCAAGUUCCGACAUCCGUCGCUUCUGAGAGCACCGUGGAAAUUUUACCUGUAGCAGGUAUUCUUAUCAAUAACAAUAAUAAUGCAGAGACGGUAAAUUUCGAAAAAACGGUCAAAAUGUCUCCUCCACAAACGUGGGAAUCUAGUCCGCCAUCAAUUAUUAUAACAGAAGCCAACCGCACUUUGAAACCAUUGCUAACACCCCCUUUCAGCUCUGAAUCCAAACGUUCUAGUGGGAGCGGUCAGAGCUUUGAACAGGCCUGGGACAAAGAGCCCGUGGAGACUACACAUUUGGAACACAAUAGUGUUGACAUUAGCAAUCUAGGACAGUCAAGAGAAGCUGAUGGCUGCAGCACAAUAUUCUGUUCACCUCCUAGUUCCAUCCACUCUGACUUGCAAACAUAUUCACUGGAGGAACUGAGACAUAGCCCUGAACUGCAGCAGCCUCAACGGGGCACCCGAGGCAGAAAUCUGGGGACUCAGCCAGCACCCUGGCCCCCGCACCCAUCCCUUUACAACACUCCUGGGAUUUACAGCUCUUCCCCUUGUAUUGCUGACAUUACACCAGCACCACUUACCAAAGCAGGUCAUCAGAUGAGCUCCAGCAACGACUGUCUGACCCCAAAGAGGGAGCCCUUGGACCAUGUGCACAGGGAGUCGCUUCACAUUCGGGCUGCAGCUGCAAUCAACUCUCCUCACCAGCGCCGGAGUCUCCCCCUGGAGCCCUCUUACAUGCCAGAUGCUGCUGCUGCUGCUUCCCCAGAACCCCUCUACCACACUCCUCUGUCCUCCACUCAUGGCUGCCUGCCUGAGUCGGACUGCAAGUGGCCGUUCCCGCUGACCCAGGAGUCGUGGAGCAGCGAUGACAGCCUGAACCAGAGGGUGAUGGAGGCACCGGGCGACCAGCUGCGGGAGAUGCUGCAGCGCGCCCACGAUGCCAAGCUGCUGACGCUGCUCCACCGGCCAGAGCGCGCGCAGGCCCCCGGCUACCACCGCUCCACGGGCUACCUGGACCAGGAGACGCCCCGCAGCCGAGCCGGCGCCCCCGGCUCCGUGCCAGAGCACCUCCGGAGGGCCCCGUCCCGCUGCGUCAGCCAGCACCAGCGCAACCGCAUCAGCCGCAGCCUCGGGGCGGGCCUGGACCAGCCCUUCCCCGACGACAACGAGGUGGCGCGGCAGAACCGCCUGCUGCUUCUCUCCUCCUCCCUCAGCAUCAACUACCCGCUGGCCACCACCCCGGACAGGUGCAGCAGCAGGGAGCUCUCCCUCUCGGGGGCCUCCAGCACAGCCAGCCUCUCCCCCUGCCACCACGACCAGGCCUUCAUCCACAGGAGCUCCACCGUCCCUCUGGAGGCCAGGGAGCACGAGUGGAUGGUGAAGGCGGCCGCUGGCGACUGGCCCGUCAUCUACUCGCUCUUCCGGGAGGACGCCGGCCUCCUGUUCAAGAAGGACUUCAUCUCCGGCUUCACCGUGCUGCACUGGAUCGCCCAGCACGGAGACCACCGGGUGCUGAACACCUUGUGGUACGGCGUCAGCAAGGCGGGCAUGACCCUGGAGGUGGACGCCAGGACCAACUCGGGGUACACGCCGCUGCACCUGGCCGCCAUGUACGGCCACAGGAAGCUCAUCCGCCUGCUGGUGCACAAGUUCAAGGCCAACGUGCGGCUGCGGGACACCAGCGGGCGCAGGGCCUGGCAGUACCUGGGCAAGGACGCCACCAAGGAGAUGCUGGAGAUUCUGGGGGCUCCACAGAAGAAGCGCGGCGCCAAGAGCCCGCCGCAGACCCACGUGGACAAGCCGUCCGAGCGGCCGGCCACUGUAUCCGCCGCGGUGAAGAGGCACUCGUCCCUGGCAGCUUUGUUCAAGCACAAGUCACUGGGCAGAAUCGCAGGGCACACAGAGAUGUCUGUUUGAACCAGAGAGGCCAAUGACAGCCUCCUUUCUUCCUCUGGAGAAGCACUCCCUGUCCUGGCACUGCACCAUCACUGUGUCCAGAUCAUCCCUACCUCUUUUGACCUAAUGGAAUUGGUCAUCUAUGCUCAUUUGUCACUCAAAAUGUUUCACAUGAAAUAGUGUGUAAAAAGGUGUAUAGUUUUAAUCUUUAUAAUAUUUGUUUCAUGGAUUUACCAGGGAUUGUAGAUCAUGUAUUUGUUUAAUGCAGUUCUCUGGCAGGUUACUUUCAGGGAAGCAGCCUUCAGGAGUAAAGCCAGAAGUGAGAUUUAAUGCCUGCGCAUGUAAAUGCUUCAUGUUUUUCUAACGUAUUAGCUUCGGUUGCUGAAUCAGGCUUUCAGCAACAGAACAAGAGAGGCUCAUUGGCCACUCGCAGUGGAGCACUCAAGCUUUGAACUCUUUUUCUACUGGACCCGGGCCUCUUGGCAGCCAGAGCAGGUUCCUACUUUUGUGACACUGGAGCCCUCGCUGUGAGGAAUCCGUUCAAGGUUUUUGGAGCGUGAAUGUUCAAAAGCAGCGGCUAAAGUAUCCCUAAUCAUGUUUCAGAGAGGGCGAUGGUCACGAGGGACAAACGAGUUUUGGGUGAUUGUUUUACUUGGCACUUAAAAGUUUCCAUCUCAUUUUACAAUGAUUUGUUUUACAUCAGGGUAAAUGCAGUUCUGGAAUAGCGUAUAGUUUCACGGGAGUGAUAACUUCUGCACAUCUGCACAGUACUUAUUUUCGGUUUGAUCCGCACUCAACCAUGAGUACCCAAAGGGUUUUGUUUUCACUGGAAUGUAUAUUCACUGAUUGUCACUAUUUUAUUGGUGAUUCUGUUUUAAAGCUCAUUUGCAGUGUUGAUUAGUUUGUUAUGGUGGUGUUUUCUUUUUUACAAAGAUGAUCCUAGCUUGUGGCAUUAGAGUGUCCAAAUGGUCUGUAUGCGUGUUGUGGCCAGUCUUUCUCAAUUGAAACUUGCUCACUCACCCUAUUCAGUUUAAUGUUUAACUUGGCCUGUCCCCUGCCAUAACCUCACAGAGCGUCAGCCAUGGAAAUGGAGUUUCUGUCGGAGGGCAUUGCUGGGGAGCCGAGGUAUGCCGAGCUCCUUGAGUGCUGGCGCGUUGCCAGGCAGUGGGGUGACAGGCCAGGCCGGCGGAGAAAAGCACCUUUGUUUUGCACCCCACCACGGCCUUAUGCUCGACUUGAUGAGACAUGCAGAGGCAGUUGGACUCUUUGUUUCACUGUCGUGUUGUUGCUGCUACUCCUCCAAGUUGAGAAAGAGAAGUACAGUGUCAGAUAAACAGGCAGGGAGAAAAACAGUGUGUGUAUGUUUUGUGUGUGUGUGUGUGUGUGUAUGGGUGAACCUUGGAAGGAAAUGCACAUUAGUAGAAUUUGGGGUGGCAUUCACAAAGGCAAACGUCUCGCCAGAGAAGGUUGUCCUCAAGAUUGUUCCUGUCCUGCCCCUUGAAAAUAUGUUUUCUUUUUAUUGCACAGGCAUUUGAUCUAGACACAUUCACAGACAUGUUCAAACUUGUCCUUGGUUGUUAAUGUUUGAAAGAGGGAGUGAGUGUGCGUGAGUGUUUACCAGGCCAAUAUUUAUUGUGUUAUGUAAUGAUGUAUUACUUUUUCAUUUACAUGAUGUAAUGUAUAAAGUGUAUACACUGUACUUCACCAGUUCUCAAAAAUAAAACUAAAAAAUGA